AUGUCUAAAACGGCUAAACAAUUGAAAAUCAAACCACACAAGGUUGUCAAUCAGUCAGGUGAUGCAAUACAGUUAUAUUCAUCUGUGGAUUGUAAAGGAAUUGUUGGAAAUGAUAAUCGAACUUAUAUUCUGGAUUUACUACGUACUUUCCCACCAGAUCUAAACUAUUUAGAUAAUGGUAGUGAUAUACGACCUCAGUUGUCUCCUGAAUUGGUGAAAUUAGGUUAUCCUUAUCAACACCGACAUAUGUUGGCGACUUUAAGACAAGAGUUGAUCGAGGCAUUUUUUGACCAUCGUUAUGAAAAGUUUCUACGUCUGGCUGCUCUAGAGAUUCAGAAAGGUAAAUCUUCCUUAAAAGGUGAAUGUGAUGAUCAGGAUGCUGCUGGUGUGCAAAAUGGACAAGCUAACUGUUCAAACACUAAUGAUGAUCCCUUAUCUCCCAAAGAUAGUCUAAUUACAACCAAACACCAAAUAGACCACCAUGAUGUUACUGGACACUCCAGUAAUGCUUUGAACUCAGGGAUUGGGACAAUAAAGUCUCCAAGCAAGAAUCAAUCAGAUGAUUUAAGCCUGAUGAAAAGAUUACUAGAAGAUGAUCAAGACACACAAAAAAAUGACGUAAUUCGAGAAGCUAUCCGCAAAGCAGCAGCAACUGUCGGUUCUCUGAGUACAGAUCGUUUUGAGCUUACAUUCAAUCCUGAUAUUUAUCAGAAAUUUGUCAAAUUUUGUGAUUCAGAAGAACAAUCAUUAACAGUUGAUCAAGAACUAGUAUGCAGUGCUUGCGAAUUUCUGGUUUUAAAACAAAUUCCAGCAUUUGUUAGAGAUGCGUUAAGUUUGUGCAUCACUCCUCAAGAUGGUAGAGCUCUGAUAGAGUUAAUGCAUCAGCGUGGCAUUAAUGUACGUUAUUUGAAUCGUGUAAUCGAAUCAGUCAGUAUUCACCAGUCGUUAGGUUAUCUCAAAAAAAUGGCUAUUUGCGAAGUUUUGUUACGGUCUGCAAAACAUUUAUUUAAAACAUAUCUUCAAGAUGUUGAUCCUAUGCUUCUUUCUGUUGGGAUUGCUCAUUUUCUCAACUGUUUUCUUACAGCAUGUCCUAAUCUUACACCAUUACUUGGGAUUGAUGAGCAAGUCCUCAAACUGAAUCGUAAUAAAAAGAAUAAGAAGAAAUUGAAAAAUCUUCGUGAAUCACCAGAAGAAAUGGCAUGGCUUAAUGAAACACAUUCCAGUUUAUGGUCUGAAAUAAUUAAAGAAGCUAAGGAAUAUUAUCAUUAUCAAAUAACUGCGUCAGACAUUGAUGAAUUCUGUAAAAUUUAUGAAGUUCAACGUAUUCAGCUUCUUAGAACAUUUUGUACAUCUGUUGGUAUUCAGCUACUUUUACGCGAAUAUAAUCUCAAUCUACCGAAUGGUGCUAAACAUCAUCAAAAACCGGUAUUUAAUACUGAAGAUAUAAUAUCUCUUUAUCCAAUAGUGAAACAUUUACAUCCUCAUGCAACUGAUGCUUAUCAUUAUUUUACAACUGGUCAAGCUCGAAUUUCUGCUGGUCAUCUUCAAGAAGGAUUCGAGUUGAUUAAUGAAGCUUUAAGUCUUCUGAAUGGUGUAUAUGGUCCUCUUCAUCCUGAUAUUGGUGCUUGUAAUCGUCUUUUAGCUCGUUUAUCUUAUGUCAUGGGUGAACAUGAAGCUGCAUUAUUAUUUCAGCAUCGUGCUACAAUGAUUAGUGAACGUGUACACGGAAUUGAUAAUCCGAAUACAGCUACUGAAUAUAUACAUUUCUCACUUUAUGUAUUCGCUUGUGGACAUAUAUCUACUGCUUUACAAUUACUUUAUCGAGCUCGUUACAUAGCACUCUUAUGCCAUGGUGAAUGUCAUCCUGAAAUAACACAAAUAGACACUAAUAUCGGUUUAAUGUUACAGUUGGUUGGUGAAUUAGAUUUGGCUUUAAUCUUUUUCGAGAAUGCAUUAUCUUUAAUUAAAUUAUUUUAUGGUGAACGAAAUUUGAAAGAAGCUUUCACUUGUCAUUUAAUCAGUCUUACGUAUACCUAUCGCGGCGAUUUUCGUACUGCUCUUGAUUAUGAAAAACGUCGUUUUCUAAUCUACAAGGAACGCUUAGGUCCAGAUAGCGAUUAUACUAAAGAUAGUGAUGAAUGUUUGCGACAGCUUACCCAACAAGCUGUGACAAUUGCACGUAAAGUAGCUGAACUCACAGCAACUGCCUCCACAACAAAGUCAAUUGGAAGUGGUGAUUCUUCUUCGUCCACUAGUCAUUUGAAUUUACAUUCAACUAACAAUCAUCUUUCUAUCAGUGAAUCACUUGUUGCUAAGGCAGUUUUAUCAAAUGCAUUCUGUGGUGGUGUUAAUGGGAAUGUCAGCGCUACUGGGGGUAGUGGUGGUUCAUUAACUUUGCCUAUGCCAACUGUUUCUUCAAUUUUAGAAACUCUCAAUCGUGUAAAUGGAAUAUUAGUUAUACAAAUAAGAGGAAAAGAUGACAAUCAACAUGGUCACAAAGAAGAUAAAAAUCUGUCAAGUAAUAAAUCUGAUCUUACAGAAUCCCAUGUUGUUAUAUGUGAUAAAAUUCGGCAGUCCAAAAAUGAUAUCCAUCUGUUGACAUCAUCAUCUAAUGAUAAUAAAUCGUCGAAAUCUUUUCCCACCUCAUUAAAUAAUAGUGAUGUGAACAAACCUGUAAUUCCAGUAUUGUAG